CGAACCGUCAUGAUAUCUGCGCUGCGUUCGGUGUCCAGGGUGGCCGGUCGGUCACGGAGAGGCUUUACCACUCAAGCCGUGCAAGGUCUCACUGGCGCCGUCGGAAACACCCCCUUGAUUCUGUUGAAGAAACUCUCAGAGAAGACUGGCUCGCGUGUAUAUGGCAAAGCUGAGUUCCAGAACCCUGGUGGAAGCGUGAAGGAUCGCGCUGCUCUCGGUCUCGUCGAGAAUGCGGAGGCAAAUGGAAGUUUGAAGCCAGGAGGUACAGUCGUUGAGGGUACUGCAGGAAACACCGGUAUUGGCCUCGCUCAUGUCUGCAGAGCCAAGGGCUACAAGUGCGUUAUCUAUAUGCCAAAUACUCAGAGUCAAGAAAAGAUCGACCUUCUUCGCAUGCUCGGCGCAGACGUUCGGCCUGUUCCUGCAGUCGCGUUCGAGAAUCCUCUAAAUUACAAUCAUCAAGCUCGCGAGUACGCUGAGAGCAUCCCCAACGCUAUCUGGACAGACCAGUUCGACAACACCGCGAAUGCCGAGGCACAUUACCGGACGACGGGUCCUGAGAUCUGGACUCAGACAAACGGAGACGUGGAUGGUUUCAUCUGUGCGACUGGGACGGGGGGCACACUCGCUGGUGUGGGGAGGUAUUUGACGGAGAAGAGUCAGGGCAAGACGCAGAUCUGGAUUGCUGACCCGCCGGGCAGUGUGUUGCACAGCUAUAUCACUAGCGGUGGUAAGCUGAAGGAGAGGACCGGCAGCUCCAUCACCGAAGGUAUCGGCCAGGGACGUAUCACGAACAAUUUGGGCACAUUCGUGGAGAAGGUUUCUGGCUCUCUGAGCAUCGCGGACGAGAAGUCUAUCGCUAUGAUCUACGAUCUGCUCGACACUGAAGGAUUGUACCUCGGAGCGAGUUCCGCAUUGAACGUCGUGGCAGCAUAUGAGAUGGCUCAGUCGCUCGGCCCAGGCAAGACUGUUGUUACAAUUCUUUGCGAUGGGGCCUAUCGUUAUCAGAGUCGGCUGUUCUCGAAGAAAUGGUUGGAGAGCAAGGGUCUUUCGGACGCUAUCCCAGAACAUCUGAAGAAGUAUGCUGUUUUAGACUAGAAUUAAUCAUGUACUGCGAUGAUGCAAAUAAAGCAUUAUUUCAUGUAUGCC